CUCGAGUGGUCCUUCUGGACCGUGCAAUUACUUAUCUAUGCCUUGGGUAAUAAAUAAGCAGAUGACCGAUGCAAAACCCUUGUAUCAUUAUCGAUCACAAUUCUCUACGCUAUGGAAAGCCAUGGCAACAUCAAUCACCAAGAUUCCAAACCAGUCGUCCUCGUCACCGGUUGCACCGCCGGAGGAAUAGGUAACGCGCUUGCACGCGCCUUCGCGGCUAAUAGUUGCAGUGUGGUGGCCACAAGCCGCUCGAAGUCCACCAUGGUGGAUCUGGAGCACGACCCUAAAUUCUUCCUUCAAGAACUCGAUGUUCAAUCCGAUGAAAGCGUUCAAAGAGUUGUUGAGACUGUUCUCAAUAAAUACGGUUGCAUCGAUAUUCUCGUUAAUAACGCCGGUGUUCCCUGUGUGGGCCCACUCGCUGAGGUUCCUCUUUCUACCAUCCAAAACACCUUUGAUACCAACGUCUUUGGUUCAUUGAGAAUGGUUCAAGCUGUGGUUCCUCACAUGGCAAAUAGGAAAAAGGGAAAGAUUGUGAAUGUAGGCAGUGUUACUGGUAUGGCUUCUGGACCUUGGAACGGUGCUUAUUGUGCCUCUAAAGCUGCUCUUCAUGCUUUGACAGAUACAUUAAGAAUGGAACUAAGACAUUUUGGAAUUGAUGUUGUGAAUGUUGUCCCUGGAGCUGUGAAAUCAAAUAUUGGAAAAUCCGGCAUAGCAAUCUACAACCGCAUGCCAGAGUGGAAGCUGUUCAAGCCAUUUGAAGCAGCAAUCCAAGAGAGAGCUCAUUUUUCUCAGAUGUCAAAAUCAACCGCUACAGAUGAGUUUGCUAAACACACUGUAGCUGCUGUCCUUAGGAAGAAACCACCUGCAUGGUUCUCCUAUGGUCAUUAUACUACUGUCAUGGCUAUCAUGUACCAUUUACCUCUCUGUGUUAGAGACUUUCUUUUUAAGAAAACAAUGAAAUGCUGAGCUACAUUUGGGUCUAUCCAUCUUUAUGGAGAUCUUAUAAUCAAUAAAUUGCGUUCCACUUUUGCAGAAGAUAUAUGUCAUUGGGGAAUGUCUUGUUGUUGGGGCUUUUAAUUGUACUAUUUUUUUUUACCGGUAUUACCCUCGAACCAAGUAGGACCAAAAUGGACGUGAAAACACCCCUAAAGAGAUUUAAUUGUACUAUUUGACACUAAUAAGAUGUAACACAUGAUUGAGUUACUUGAAUGUCUGGCUAAAUUCAGACAUAAA